AUGGGUAAUUCUAUUUGUGAAGUUGAAGGUGGUGGAAAUGAAAAUGUUUGUAAAGAUGAACAUUUAGACAAAAGUCUGAAAGCACAUAAAUUAUGGCGUGCAUUAAAAUCAUUCCAAGAAAUUAUUAAUGGUAAACUUGAUGGCGAUAAGAGACCGUUCAGCAAUGAGAUAGCAACGCUGAAGAAGAUAGGAUCAGGCGAUGAGGUGAUCGUCACAGUUUUAUCAACCAUAGAUGAUUCAAUCAGCAGCAAUGGAAUAGAAUCAACAAUCAACUUAUCAAACAGAUUUAAUAAUGUUAAACAAGCGAUUAGACGCGCAUCUUUAAUACCAGAAGAAGGAGGAGGAGUGUUUGCACAUUUGCUAUCACAUAUAUUAUCUAGGCUGUUAUUCCAUAAACAUGGAUUAGUUGAAGGAAAUGAUGUUGAGGCAAUAUUGGCCAGAACUCAAUAUUACCUUGACAGUAAUGAUUUAGAUAAUGCAACACGUGAAUUAAAUCAAUUAGUCGGUUGGCCUAAAAAAUUGGCAGAAGAUUGGUUAAAGGCUGCCAGAAAUCAUUUAGAAAUCAAACAAGCCAUUGAGGUUAGUAUAUAA